AUGGCUCAGUCUCUUGAUGUUGGUGUUCCAUGGAUCAUGUGUCAACAAGAUGAUGCUCCUCAACCUAUGUUGAACACAUGUAAUGGUUGGUAUUGUGACAAUUUUGAACCAAACAAUCCCAACACUCCUAAAAUGUGGACCGAGAAUUGGACCGGAUGGUUUAAAAAUUGGGGAAGUAAAGACCCUCACAGAACCACUGAAGAUGUGGCAUUCGCUGUAGCAAGAUUCUUUCAGAGAGGGGGAACUUUUCAGAAUUAUUACAUGUACCAUGGAGGCACCAAUUUUGAUAGAACAGCAGGUGGUCCAUACAUCACAACUACAUAUGAUUAUGAUGCUCCCCUAGACGAAUUUGGUAAUUUGAACCAGCCAAAAUACGGACACUUGAAACAACUCCAUGAUGUUCUUCACUCUAUGGAGAAAACUCUCACCCACGGAAACAUCUCCACUACUGAUUUUGGAAACUUCGCUUCGGCAACGGUUUACACAACUGAAGAGGGAUCAAGUUGCUUCUUUGGAAACGUAAAUGAAACUUCAGAUGCAACAAUCAAUUUCAACGGAACAUCAUACGUUGUACCGGCUUGGUCAGUUAGCAUUUUACCAGAUUGCAAAACUGAAACCUACAAUACCGCCAAGAUUAACACACAAACUUCGGUGAUGGUUAAAAAACCAAAUGAAGCUGAGGACGAACCUGUAACUUUGAAGUGGUCAUGGAGACCAGAGAACGUUGACAAUGUCCUAUUGAAAGGAAAAGGAGAAUCUACAAUGAGUCAGUUGUUUGAUCAAAAAAUAGUAAGCAACGAUCAAAGCGAUUAUCUUUGGUACAUGACUACGGUCAAUCUCAAAGAACAAGAUCCAGUUUUGAGCAAAAACAUGUCUCUUCGUAUCAAUAGCACCGCUCAUGUUCUUCACGCUUUUGUCAAUGGAGAACAUAUUGGUAAUUAUCGCGCGGAUAGUGGAAAGUUUCACUAUGUUUUCGAGCAAGACGCAAAAUUUAACCCUGGUGCUAAUGUCAUUUCUCUCCUUAGCAUAACCGUGGGCCUUCCGAACUAUGGUGCUUUCUUCGAAACCGUACCAGCCGGAAUCACUGGACCCGUUUUCAUCAUCGGAAGAAAUGGAGAUGAAACUGUGGUGAAGGAUUUGUCUGCUCAUAAAUGGAACUAUAAAACCGGUUUAAGCGGGUUUGAUAACCAACUCUUUAGUUCGGAAUCACCUUCGACAUGGUCAGGUGAAAGUGUACCAUUCAACCGAACCAUGACUUGGUACAAGACAACUUUUAAGGCUCCUUUGGGAAAUGAACCAGUUGUUGUCGAUCUCUUGGGACUUGGAAAAGGUACGGCUUGGAUCAAUGGAAACAACAUUGGACGUUAUUGGCCAGCUUUUCUUUCAAGCGUAGAUGGUUGUUCCGCUGAAUGUAAUUAUAGAGGAGCUUAUUAUGCUGAAAAAUGUCAGACCAAUUGUGGAGAACCUACUCAAAGAUGGUACCAUGUUCCACGUUCUUUCUUGAACUCAGAGGGAGACAACACAUUGGUUUUGUUCGAAGAGAUUGGAGGAAACCCAUCACUUGUCAAUUUUCGAACUGUUACAGUGGGAAGUGUCUGUGCAAAUGUUUAUGAAAAGAACGUUCUUGAGCUUUCUUGCAACGGUAAACCCAUUUCUGCCAUCAAAUUUGCCAGCUUUGGUAACCCAGGAGGCAAUUGUGGUUCUUUCGAGAAGGGAACUUGUGAAGCAAACAAAGAUGCUAUGGAUAUUCUCACUGAUGAAUGUGUUGGAAAAGAAAUGUGUUUUAUUGAUGUCUCUACAGAGAAGUUUGGAGCGCCGGAAUGUGGAGAUGCUAUUAGAAGGCUCGCCGUCGAGGCUAUUUGCUAG